GAGCUCCGCCCCCUUUCGCAUUCGCCGCCGAACCUUCGCCCGUUCGGCUCUUCCCGCCGCCGCCUCCCCCCCCCCUCUUUUUUUUUCGCGAGGCGGCGCCCCAACCGUCACCGGCCAACCGUCGCUCGGCCCUUCAGCCUCGCCCGGUCCGCGGCUGCAGGAGGGAAGGCAGGCAGGCAGGCAGGCGCGGGAGAAGCGAGAGAGGGAGCCCGGCCGGCGGUGGAUUCAGCUCUCGACGCCCACCCGCCACCAUGGGAAAUGAAGCAAGCUACCCCCUGGAAAUGUGCUCGCACUUUGAUGCGGACGAGAUUAAACGGUUGGGAAAGAGGUUUAAAAAGCUUGAUCUAGAUAAUUCCGGUUCUCUGAGUGUGGAAGAAUUCAUGUCUCUGCCUGAACUCCAACAGAAUCCGCUGGUACAACGAGUAAUAGACAUAUUUGAUACAGAUGGAAACGGAGAAGUGGACUUCAAAGAAUUUAUAGAAGGAGUCUCCCAAUUCAGUGUCAAAGGUGACAAGGAACAGAAGUUGAGGUUUGCUUUCCGCAUCUACGAUAUGGACAAAGAUGGCUACAUUUCCAACGGAGAGCUGUUCCAAGUUUUGAAGAUGAUGGUGGGGAACAACCUGAAAGAUACUCAGUUGCAGCAGAUUGUAGACAAAACCAUAAUCAAUGCAGAUAAAGACGGUGACGGGAGAAUAUCCUUUGAGGAAUUCUGCGCUGUGGUGGGAGGUUUAGAUAUCCACAAAAAGAUGGUGGUCGACGUGUGACUCUUUAGGACACCACCCAACACUUUUGCUUUCUUCUCCAUCUCUGAAGAUCUGCUCAAGACGUCCAGCAACGCUCUCUUGUGUAUUUAAAUGGAAGUAUUUUUUCUCUGUGAAGCCACAUUUUCCAACAUGAGCCUCAUGAAGCCAACUAAGUGUUAUUGAACUUUUAUUCUCUCAAUAACUCCGUGUAGCACUUUAAAACCUGAAGGACAGCAAGAUGGAAAGAGCAUAUCAGUGUGGUGGAGAAAGGGAAGGGGGGGGUUGGCUUUUUAAUUUAUUUUUUUCUCAUCUUUUAUAACAAGGAAAUAUCUAUCUAUCUAUAUAUAUGUGUGUGUUUAUAUAUAGAUAUAUAUGUAGCUUUCUAUAUGUAGUCGCUAGGUGGGCUUUAAUUUAAUAUACUUGAUUCAGAAACAAAACUAGAGUACAAAGUGCCAAGCAGAAUGUUAACAGUUCAAUAUAUGGAUAUACAUCUUUACUUUUAUGUCACACAAUUUUAUAUAUAUAUAGUAGAAGAAUGUAAAGUUUUAAAAUGGUUGUUAGGUCAACUCUUUCCUUUCUCCUGUGACUUAUUUCAGAUGUCUAUAUAUUGACUGGCUGAGAAAGCAUUGCUUCCGAUUAAUUUACCUUAAUUCUUUUUUUUUUUUGUAAGGCAGGAAUCGUAACGUUUGUUUAUAUACCUGUUGAUAUAUUACCAGGGACUGCAUCUUUGCUUGAUCGCUUUCAGUGUAAUUCUACUUAAUAGUAUGAGAACCUGUAAUUUAAUGUUAAUGCCAAGACCUAGUCCUUGUGUGCAAAUAGGAUUUACAGAAUGCCGAUAGCCAUUUCAUCUUUUCUCUGGGCGCGCAGUUGGGCGAAGGGGGCCCUCUGCGGUCCAUAAAGCGUUUGCAUGCACUUCUCAGCGUUCAGCAUAAUUCAGAAUUUAGGCUCAACCAGGUGAUGCGGUAGGAUUCCCAGCGCACAGUGGAGCUAUUUUUUUUAAAAAAGCAAAACAGAAACCUCUUUUGCCAUUAAUUUAUGUCCCGACGGUUAUAAUUUCCCUUGUGCAUUUCAUGUAGUACCACAGGCUGCAUCAAUAAACUGGUAAUAUUUUAUUAUAUGUGUAUAUAUGAUUAUAAUGGAUAUUACGGGGGAAAUGUUAACCUAUGCCACAGGGAAGGAGGAAAGCGUCACAUAAUCGAAACUGAUACCUCUUGUUCUUCUGCGGGUCUUCACUCGGAGACCUGCUUUUUCUAGAUUUUUCCAUAUCAUGACUCACAAAGGGUAACAACUUGAUGUGUGAUAUAAAAGUAGCGAACUAUGUUCUAUACAAUUUUAUAUCAUCCCUUUCCUUUUCUGCAAUUGGUACUAUUGGCUGGAAGACCGACUUAACAGUAGACAUUUUUAGGACUAGCGCAGCCUUUUCCUCUAUAGCAGGGUUUGUUUCUUUUCCAUUUCUAUUUACGACAACAACAAAACGGUUGUUCAUCAGCAAGGGGGAGGGCAGGUGGUACAAACGUCCAGUCAGGGGCCGGCCGGCCUGCCAUCGCUGUUCCUUCACAACUUGAGUGCUGCACAUCGUGGGCUCCCGUCUGUGAGAGAAACCCGGGUGUUUGGUGUCCUUGCAUGACAUGAAGUUUUGCAUGUAGAUUGAUUUGAAAAAAAUGUUCCUCUUGUUUACAUGAUUUGCAUAAUUUAAAAGACGAGAUGAUGUUGCCAAACUUUUGGUGAAAUGUUUAAAAACCGAGAAUCUCCACAACAUGUUAACUUCCUUCCUCUGGAUCAGGACAUGGCUUUAUGAUCCCAGCCAGUGGGUUGUUCCGUGUCCCAGUGUCAACUGCCAUAUGCGCACUCUGCUUCAAGGAGGAACUAGUCUUUUUGUGAAUUAUUAUAUUUUUUUUGUACAUAAGUAUUUGUUACAAAACAAUUUUAGCAAAUGCUUUCCGUUUCUUAAUUGCUUGUGCAUAUCCUGGCUGGCGUUCUAGAAUAUAGUGCUAACAUUACUUUCUUAUUGGGGGGGGGGGGGGGCCUUUUUUUUUAGUUUGUGUGUGGAAAAUGGGUUAUGUUGAAUGUUUAGGUUUUUCCCUUCUGCAUGCUAUAUCAUACAUUGUUGGAACUAUAAGAACCUUCAUACCGUAUGAAUAAAAAAAAUAUUUGAACUUUA